AUGGAGUCCGACAAAGGACUGAAUGAAAAUUUAAAAAUCCAGUUUAAGGCUUUACAGGAGCAACAACAGAAGAGGCUACAAAAUGUGAUGGAGAAAAAGAAAGAAAAGCAGCACGGUCAGAAAGGCAGCAACAACAACCCAAAGGAGACUUUUGGAGUCCACGAUGAUUUAAACCUAUUUAAGGUAGAUGGACAGCUAUCAAAUGAAGAGAUCAGCAAAAGGUUGCUUGAGGAUGAAAACGAGCAGCUUCAGGAUCAGCUUCGAGAGGUCGUAGAUGAAAAUGGCAGACUGUACAAACUGGUGAGGGAGAGAGAUUUUGAAAUCCGGCAGCUUCAAAAGAAAAUAGAGGAGGAGAGAUUAGCCCUGAAAGGGAUGUCUGGUUUAGCAGGGGAUGUUGCAGCUACUAAAAUAGUUGAACUGUCCAAAAAGAAUCGUGAGCUAACUGCUGAGACAGAGAGUGAAAAAGCCAAAGUGAAACAACUGAAUAACAAAGUCAAAGAGCUUGAAAAAGAACUACAAACAGCCCUGGGAAAAAUCCAGUCUCUUGGUGGCAAUGACUCAGGAAUCAAGCAAUCGAUGUUGAGAAGGAUGGAAGGAAACUCGCCUGGAAGUCCGGAGUUGAAAGCUUUGCAAGAAAAAUUAACUGCAGCCAACUUUAAAGCAAUGGAGUUUCGCAAUCAGCUCCAAACCACAAAACAGGAACUAAAGAUGAUGCAAAAGCUUUUAGCAAGUGAAGUUGGUGAAGAUGUGAAUAUUCAAAAUCUUUUGACCAUCUCUGGCAGUUGGCGUGGACGGGCCCAGCAAAUACUUGUUCUGCAAGGCAAGCUUCGAGAGCUGGAGAAUCAAUUGGGUCAGAGCAAGAGCAGAGCAUCAGUGAAUAAUGUUGAUGAGGAAAUGCUGGCCCUUACAGAUCCACGGAAGUUGUCAGCCCAAGAGAAAAACCUGUUACGGAUUCGCAGCUUGGAAAAAGAAAAGAAAGAAGCCUUGGAGAAACUCAGUGGGGAACAUAGCACUCUCCAGAAAGAUCAUGAGGAUGUGAAAAAAAAACUGGAUGCAUCAAAAGCCAGGAACAAAGUGCUGUCCAAUGAGGUGAAAGCUCUGAAAGGACAAAUCUUAACGCUGCUGGAGAAAGGAAAGCACGACGAUGAGCUCAUAGAUGCCUUACUGAACGAGCAGAAGCAAAUGCAUGAGAUCUUAAAGCACCUGAGCCUGCAGGAUGAGAAGAACAAGGAGUCCCAGCAGAGUCUAGGCCAGCAUUUGAACAGCGAAGCUCAGAAACAGAGCAGUCUCGUAGGGCAGCUCCAACAGAUGGUGGCUGAACGAGAAGCCAAGAUUAAAGAGCUGGAGGAGGAGAUGGGACUGCUCACACUUCAGCAUCAGAAGAAAGAGACCAUUGAGGAGGGCAGUUCAGAUGUUGCAGAUUCACCAUCUUCAGAGCACUUAGAAGAGCAGAGUUUUACUCUAAUCAAACCACCAGCAUCGGCAGGCGACCAUGUUGGAAGGAUCGGGUCUGCUCGCACCAUGUCUAAGAUGGGGCACACACUUGUAGAAUCUGCAGCUACAAAGCCUUCGCCUCCAAGUAACAGUGUCGCAUCUGGGAGGCUUGCUGACACCGAGAGCCCAGAUCUGAAAGUGUUGCAGACACAGAUCACAGAGUACAAGGCUCUUUGCCAUGCUGCUGAGGUGGAAAGAGAGAGGCUCACAGAACUAGUCACUGUCCUGCAGAAAAGGGUGGUCGAAAGCAGCGAUAAAGUUUUGGAAGCUGAGAAGAAGCUUCAAGAAGAGCGACGUCGAUCAGUCAUUUUGGAGCAGCAUCUUGAAAAAAUGAAAAUGGAUGCAAGGAAGAACGCAAACAGCCAGAAACCCCUCCCGAGGAACAAAACAGGUCAGGCUGCUAAUAGCUCCAGACAUACCUUGACUGCGAGCGAUAGGAAAGAUCUCACUGCAGCGCAGCUCUCAGAGGUGCCACUAAAAUCUCAGAUAGAAGAACUGACUACAAGGCUUACGAUCCAGCUGGAUGAGAACGAAGCCUUGAAGACCGCCCUGGAGAGCACUGUGAACAUGAAAGAAGAAGACUUCAAACUGUACCAAGAGACAAUGGGCCAGGUGAAGGAGAUCUUCCUACAGGCUUUGAGGCAGCAGAAGCAAGAGAAGAAUUAA